UUUGAAAUUCUUUUCUUCUUCCCCCAAUCUCCCCAUUUCCUCCUCCUACCUAUAUAGCCGGCAUGUUGGACUAGCAAACAGAGAGAGACAGAAAGAGGGAAAGAAAAAUGACAGCCGUGGACCAUGAGUGAGUUUGGCAGCUCCGCCGUCCAGCGAGAACUCCGGCUGAGCCGCGUUGUGAGGCUCGCCUUCCUCCGCCGCCUCCUCCGCCUUUUAUGGCGCCACGUUAUGGCUUGCUCCUCAGGCUCCGUCACCACUGCCGUCUUCGCUGCCACCAACUGCGACCAAACCCACCGCUACAACCGCCUCCGCGAAGACGAUGAAGAAGCUAUACCGAUCGCCGCCGCCAUGGAUUCCCCUCGUCCCCUAUCUCCGCCCUUACGCUCCACCGCCGCCGAGCAGGAUUCCGACGAUCUCGUCUCCCUCAAGGUCAGCCUCCUCGGCGAUUGCCGGAUUGGGAAAACUACUUUCAUGGUUAAGUAUGUGGGGGAGGAAGAGGAGAACAGAGGUUUGCAUAUGAAUGGGCUGAAUUUGAUGGAUAAGGUUUUCUUUGUAAGAGGUGUGAGGAUUGCUUUUAGCAUUUGGGAUGUUGGAGGUGAUGGUCGGUUUCUAAGUCAUAUUCCUUUGGCUUGCAAAGAUGCAGCUGCGAUUUUGAUAAUGUUUGAUCUCACAAAUAGAAGCAGCCUUAGGAAUACAACCAAUUGGUAUAGGAGAGCAAGGAGAUGGAAUAAGACGGGGAUUCCAAUCUUGGUAGGCACGAAAUUUGAUGAUUUUGUUCAGCUUCCUUUUGACAUGCAGUGGACCAUAGUGAAUGAGGCCAGAGUAUAUGCAAGAGUAAUGAAGGCGACUCUGUUCUUCUCAAGCACCACACAUAACAUAAAUGUGAACAAAAUUUUUAAAUUUAUCACUGCGAAGCUCUUUAACUUGUCAUGGAGUAUAGAGAGAAAUUUAACAGUUGGAGAGCCCAUAAUUGAUUUUUAGGAUGCCUUUUUUUUUUUGCCUUGAAUUAAAUA